AGGAAUGUGAUGACGCAGGUGCAGGUGCAGGUGCAGGUAUGAAACUCUGUUCCUGGAGCUGGCUGACUGUCACUUUGCGAGCACAGUGGCUUGGGCCCCUGCAGCCUAAGAGCACUGGAGCCUAUUCCUAGAGUCUUCAGAGUCCUGAGUCCAGCGAGUCUGGGUGAUCCUGGAAGUCAGUGAACUUGGGGUGUCCCUUUGGGGCAGGCUACAGGUCCGGGCCCUUGGUGCACAGUGACACUACUGUGAAACCACCCCAAUCCGCUCUCCGGGUUUACUCCGGUCCCGGGCGCGCACGGGCAGGAGGCCGGGAGCUUGGAACAGGAGGAGCAGCCCGAGGCGGGCUGCCAGGGCGAGCAAGCGAGCGAGGCGGGGGCGGCGGGUGCAGAGCUGCGGGCGGCGGCGCCCGCGGGUCACUCUCAGGCCGGGCAGCAGCGACAGGGCGCAGGGUGGCAGGGCGCACCAUGCCCACGUUCGACCAGGCACUGAGGAAGGCGGGCGAGUUCGGGCGCUUCCAGCGGCGCGUGUUCCUGCUGCUGUGCCUGACGGGUGUCACCUUCGCCUUCCUCUUCGUCGGUGUGGUCUUCCUGGGCAGCCAGCCCGACUACUAUUGGUGUCGCGGGCCGCGCGCCACCGCUCUGGCCGAGCGCUGCGCCUGGAGCCCCGAGGAGGAGUGGAACCUCACCACACCGGAGCUCCACGUCCCAGCUGAGCGCCGCGGCCAAGGCCACUGCCACCGCUACCUGCUGGAAGCCACUAAUACCAGCUCAGAGCUCAGCUGCGACCCACUCACUGCCUUCCCCAACCGCUCCGCGCCUCUGGUGCCCUGCAGCGGUGACUGGCGCUAUGUGGAGACCCACUCUACCAUCGUCAGCCAGUUUGACCUUGUCUGCGGCAAUGCCUGGAUGUUGGACCUCACCCAAGCCAUCCUGAACCUUGGCUUCCUGGCUGGGGCUUUUACCUUGGGCUAUGCAGCAGACAGAUAUGGCAGGCUCAUCAUUUACUUAAUAUCCUGUUUCGGCGUUGGCGUCACAGGAGUCGUGGUGGCAUUCGCGCCAAAUUUUUCUGUGUUUGUGAUCUUCCGCUUUCUACAAGGAGUGUUUGGAAAGGGGGCCUGGAUGACUUGCUUCGUGAUUGUGACGGAAAUAGUUGGUUCAAAACAAAGGAGGAUUGUGGGAAUCGUGAUCCAGAUGUUCUUCACCCUCGGGAUCAUCAUUCUUCCUGGGAUUGCCUACUUCACACCCAGCUGGCAGGGCAUCCAGCUAGCCAUCUCUCUGCCCAGCUUUCUCUUCCUCCUCUACUACUGGGUGGUCCCUGAGUCUCCCCGCUGGCUGAUCACCCGGAAGCAAGGAGAGAAAGCCUUGCAGAUCCUGAGGCGUGUGGCUAAGUGCAAUGGGAAACACCUCUCAUCAAAUUACUCAGAGAUCACCGUUACAGACGAAGAAGUCAGUAACCCAUCCUGUCUAGACCUUGUGAGAACUCCCCAAAUGAGGAAAUGCACGCUCAUUCUUAUGUUUGCUUGGUUCACGAGCGCCGUGGUGUACCAAGGACUUGUCAUGCGCCUGGGACUUAUCGGAGGCAACCUCUACAUAGACUUCUUUAUCUCGGGGCUCGUGGAGCUGCCCGGAGCUCUCUUGAUCCUUCUGACCAUUGAGCGCCUUGGACGACGCCUUCCCUUUGCGGCAAGCAAUAUAGUGGCAGGGGUGUCGUGUCUGGUCACUGCAUUUUUACCAGAAGGGAUACCGUGGCUGAGGACCACAGUCGCUACCCUGGGAAGACUAGGGAUAACCAUGGCCUUCGAAAUUGUUUAUUUGGUAAAUUCAGAGUUGUACCCAACGACAUUACGGAACUUUGGGGUUUCGCUCUGCUCAGGCCUGUGUGACUUUGGGGGGAUUAUAGCCCCGUUUCUGCUCUUUCGGCUGGCAGCUAUAUGGCUAGAACUGCCUCUGAUCAUCUUUGGGAUCCUGGCGUCUGUCUGUGGUGGCCUCGUGAUGCUUUUGCCUGAAACGAAGGGCAUUGCCUUGCCGGAGACGGUGGAAGAUGUAGAAAAGCUUGGCAGUUCACAAUUGCAUCAGUGUGGCAGAAAAAAGAAAACCCAGGUUUCUACUUCUGAUGUCUGAGGCCCCUGUGUUGCCGGGAGGACCAGAGAAGACUGGAAUAUGCCUGUGCAGUGUGCUUCACCUCCUCUAGGUGGCGCCCUUCCAAGGAACUGUAAAGAUUUCGGAGUAUUUUAUAAGGUAUAAGAUGAAGAUUUAUCAUGCUACCCAAGCUUCGGGGAACACAUAAUCUUUGACCUGUUUCAUGAAGAUCCAGUAGGUACACGGAUUCUGGCUAGGUUCUCAUUCAGCAAGGUAAGGAGAGAUGAGAAGGCCCCAACCAGUUCUCCAGUUCUCAGGACAAGACAGUACCAUCCAGGAAGCAGGAUGAACAAACCAAGGCCUGGCACGUGUCCAGAAGUGUGCUCAACUGAUCUGAUCAAGACACCGCAGUGAAGAGCGUUUUGACGAGUCUGAGAAUUGCUACUUCUUCCCUUGAGCUCCGAAUACAAGCCUUCACAGGGCCGAUAUGCCCGGCGCUACUCCCCUCCUGUCUCCUGUAGCUGCUGAGGUCCCAGGCCCCAGGUUAGGCACAGCUGCCUAAAUGCAACACAACAGAGGACCUGGCUGUGGUAUUAUGAAGUCCCCAGGCCCCAGAUAUUUUGCCACCUCCUUCAGAGGACCACUGUAAUCACAGAUUCUUUAUUGAGGGAGAAAACAAAGCCUGGAUUUGGAUUUCCCAGGUCUUAGGAUUUGAAAAAUAAAGGGAUAAUUAUGUCAUGUUUGUGAAUUCCGUUCCAGGGGUACCUGUGACUGAGAGUCCAAAGCAUAGACUUUUUUCAUUCCAUCUUCACAUUUUUGACUUGUCUUGGGAGAAAAAAAAACCAAAAAACAAAACCAAAUACAUUUGUUGCCACUUAAUGAUAAAAGUCAAUUGUAUUCAAAUUUAAAAGACUUAGCAGCCAAUUUGACAUAAUUAUAAGUGUUGGAGGGGAUACUAAGGAGGAACUGGACUUUCUCUUUUUGUUUUUAAUCAAGCCUUCUGGAGCAGAGACUCAAAUGUAAACACAGUAUUCUAUAUGGUGUGCAGUUCUUGGUUUAUUUUCAGACUCGGUAUGUAUGUUAGGCUGAAUGUGUCUUAAACUUCAAACUCAGUGUGGACAGGCAAAAUUAGCAUCAAAGAGAAACCUUGCCAAUGUGUGGCGGGGGGGGGGGAACUAUUACAUGUGUGGAGAUCAUACUAUGUUUGCAACACUGGAGAAGAUGUGUGUGACUGUUAGACAGAUGUUUAAUCAUGAAGCACGGGAGAACUGAGUGUGACUGCUCAGUUCCCCGACAGCCUUUGGGGUAUUCAUUACCACACCCACUGCAUACACAGGCAUUUGUGGCCCAGCUGCCUGUGUGUUUCAUGGCUGUUGCACGGCUCUUGUCCACUCUCCUGCCUUUGGAUUGCAUUUCAAGUUGGUAGUUCUGUUUCAUAACAAUAAACAAUUUUUAAACUGUU